UGCCGCCUGCUGGUGCGGUGCCAGAUUCCAAACCUAGCAGGAGUCUUCUGCCUCUCCCACCCCUAGCCAAGGAAGCACCGUGCCCGCCGGUCCCCUCCCUCUAUUCUUCUCCCACUUCUCCGUCGAAUCCUCACCCCCCCGCCGCCGCCGCCCCUCCUCCUCCCUCUAGGUCUCGUGGUGUGGAACAUCUGGACGCGGUUCGGUUUUCUCCUGUUGACUCGGAUCAACCUCGGCUCGGGAUCCUCCAGCUUUAGUGGCAGGCUCGCUCGAGCUCGGCUCAUUGACAGCCCCCUCCCGCUCAGGGCUCAGCCGCUCCCCGCUCAGGGCCUCAGGUUCAUCUCCUCCCUCUGCACCUUUCCCGUCUCUCGGACUCUCUCCUUUGCUCUUCCUUCCCUGGCGGCGACGACUGGGCGAGCGGCGGCGCCAUUUGUCCUGUCUCCGCCCAGCCCUUUGCCGGCGACGAGCGCAUCCUCCAGGUCGCUGGAACGUUACUAAGUUCAGGAAGGAUGAGCAAAGGUCCAGACGGUCCAGUUCCGUUUGUCAACAUCGGGAAGAGAGCAAAAGAUCUCUUGUACAAGGACUACAACUUUGACCAAAAGUUUUCUUUGUCGACGUCUAGCAGCUCUGGUUUGAAUCUCACAGCCACUGGUGUGAGGAUCAAUGAAGACUUCAUUGGUGAUAUACGGACACAGCAUAAAAGUGGUAGAACCACUGUUGAUGUCAUAAUUGAUAGUGAUUCUAAAGUGUCAACCACAGUCACUGUUGAUGAAGCACUCACUGGUUUGAAGACUUCAUUCAGCUUCAAGGUUCCCGAUCACAAGUCUGGGAAGCUUGAUCUGCAAUACGCUCACAAUCGUUUUGCAUUGAAUUCAACCAUUGGUUUGACAUCAGCACCUUUGGUUGAGCUGGCUGCAACUAUUGGCACGAGUGAACUUAGCUUUGGUGCUGAGGUUGGAUUUGACAGUACUUCAGCUUCUGUUACUAAGUACAACUCGGGGAUUGGAUACAACAAAUCGGAUUUCUCUACUUCUUUACUAUUAGCUGAUAAAGGGGAGACUUUGAAGGCGUCUUAUAUUCACCUUUUCAAUCCGACCAAUGGUGCUACAGUGGCAGCUGAGGUAACACACAAGCUGAAAACAAAGGAGAACUAUUUCACCAUUGGGAGCUCCCAUGCCAUUGAUUCCUCAACAUUGCUAAAGACGAGAUUCAGCAACUCUGGGAAGGUCGGACUUCUCUGCCAGCAUGAGUGGAGGCCAAAGUCCCUCGUGACUCUUUCAGCUGAGUAUGAUCCGAAGGUGGUACGUUCGCCUUCAAGAUUCGGCAUGGCGAUAUCAGUCAAGCCUUGAUGAGUCGACUCACCUCCUGUAAAACAGUACAAGCGUUGCAGUCUCCAAGAACAUAAGCUUUGGGGCGAUACCUAGAACAGCUCUCCCAUUUUAGCCUUUUUGGUAACUCUUUUGGGCAAAGGAGUAUUGUCUGGGAGUUGGACUUGUUUUGUGGAAUGCUUCCAUCAGAGCCAACUCCACACCGAGAAUUGAAAAUACACAGAGGUUUGUAUUAGAGCAGAAGUUUUACUAUCUUUUUGCGAUGUUUUUCCCUGUUUUGCUAUUCGAUGCCAAAUGAUUUUGGGGGCGAUUAAACGCCAAGGGCUUUGUGAUCAUUGAUAGUUGACCACAGGCUUGUGAUCAUGAGGAUAGUUGAUAACUCUGAUGAUAAUGGGGGCACUUGUACCCAGCGACUAAGGAGUGGUUACUGGGAUUGUUCCCGAUUA